CCAUCGUACUCCUCCCCAGUACUAAGAACCAUCGACCAUGUCAUCCUUCACCGACAAACACGGCCAAGAGAUUGACAUGGGGGACACUGUCUCUGCCAAAGCCCGCGGCGGCAAGCACGCUGGCGAAGUCAUCGAUCUUGUGUCGACCAAGGGGGAAGCGGAAGAGAGGGGGGUAAAGAUUCCGCCAAAGGUGAUCUUGAGGGAUCAACAUGGGCAUGAAAAGGCACACAACCCUGGGACGUUGAUACAUGGCGAUGAUCCGCGGAAAGAGGAAUAGGUGCCAGUAGUGGGACAGGGCAAGGAGCAAUGACGCUGUUUAAUCAAGUGAUUGCCGGAGUCCCUGUAUAAUACCCGCGAAUACCACAUGGUUAAUCAGAAUUUCGAACCAAAGGACGAGCUGGCUAGGAUUAGGGAAACCGUAUAAGUGUCGACUUGAAAUG